UUUGUUGUUGUUGUUUUUGUGUGUUUCUUUUUCAUCGUUUAUUUUUUCAAUUUCUUUACAUUCUGGUUACUAACUAGAUGAUAGAUAAUGGCUAGUUCUUACAUAUAUAGUUUCUAUGAUCUUUUGAACUGGAACUGAAGAAUGUAAGGUGACCCAGAACGUGAAAUGUUCUAUUUGUUUGCUGGUUAAUUGAUUGAUACGGAUUUUUAAAAUAAUACGACUUGUUUGAAAUCGUCAGCUGCCAUAUUACAAAAAAAUUGUUAAUGGAUAAAUAUUUUGUUUUCUUGGUGUAAAUUGCAAACUUAUAUGUCUUUUCAUAUCGUAAACCUUUAUAUCAAUCAUUGGGUUUAUCAGGGUUUCAUAGAAAGCGGAGAUUGUGGUAUGCCAGAGAUUCAUGACUGUGUUGUCAGGCUGAGGGUGAACCCUCGAAGGCGAAAAGAUAAAGUUUUAAUUGGUUGUGGUGCUGGUUUUGGAGGUGAUCGACCAUUUGCAGCUCUAAAGUUGCUUCAGAAGGUCAAGGAAUUAGACUAUCUAGUAUUGGAGUGUUUGGCAGAACGUACCCUUGCUGAACGCUAUCAGUCAAUAAAAUCUGGUGGCAAGGGCUAUGAUCCCCGUAUAUCUGACUGGAUGCAAUUGCUCUUACCUUUGGCUAUGGAGAGGGGAGUUUGCAUUAUUACCAACAUGGGUGCAAAGGAUCCACAUGGUGCUCGUGAUGAGGUUUUAAGAAUCGCAGGCAGAUUGGGUAUCAGUAUUACAGUUGGUCUGGCCUAUCAGCAUAAAGUCACUAGAUCAGAUUUGAAGGAUGACCUGAGAGAUGUUGAUGGUGAUGUUAGUGUGUAUCUGGGAGCAGCUCCCAUUGUUGAAUGCCUUGAGAGAUAUAGACCAAAUCUUGUUAUUACUUCUCGAGUAGCAGAUGCCGCCUUGUUCUUGGCUCCAAUGGUAUAUGAAUUGGGUUGGAAUUGGGAUGAAACAAUGCUGUUAGCCCAAGGUUCACUGGCUAGCCACCUGCUAGAGUGUGGUUGUCAGCUCACAGGAGGGUAUUAUAUGCACCCAGGAGACAAACACCGAAACAUGUCCUUCCAAGAUCUCCUAGAUUUGUCUCUCCCAUAUGUGGAAGUUAAAUAUGAUGGGUCAGUAUGUGUGGCAAAGGCAGAAAGUAGCGGUGGGGUUUUAAACUUUAGCACUUGUGCCGAGCAACUUCUGUAUGAGGUUGGGGAUCCUGGAAGAUACAUUACCCCAGAUGUUAUUGUAGAUUUCCAAGAUGUUGUAUUUCAAUCAUUGUCAAAGGAUAGGGUCCUCUGCACUGGAGCAAAACCACAUGUAGAAGCAGUACCUGAUAAGUUGUUACUGCUGGCUUCAAAGGAAAAGGGGUGGAAAGGUUGGGGAGAGAUAUCCUAUGGGGGUUAUGAGUGUGUAAAACGUGCUGAAGCUGCCGAGUUCUUGGUAAGGUCAUGGAUGGAAGAAGUUUAUCCCGGUGUCAACAAACAUAUAAUUUCCUACAUAAUAGGUCUGGAUAGCCUAAAAGCAAUCAGCAUGGACAAUAACUUGGCAAGAAAUUGUGAAGAUAUUAGGCUUAGGAUGGAUGGCCUAUUUGAGGAAGAAGAAAUAGCUAUCCAGUUUACCAAAGAAUUCACAGCUUUGUACACAAAUGGCCCAGCUGGUGGUGGAGGUGUCAGUACCGGGUGCAAGAAAGAGAUUAUACUGGAGAAAGGAUUGGUGAGACGUGAAGAUGUUGAAUGGUGUAUCACGGCAAAGGGUAUGACCUCAAACGCAGAGACUGCGAGUGCCAGCAGCCUCCAGACAGUGAUGCUUACCAGUGAUAACCACGAAUCGAUAUCUCAACCAGUCUCUAGAGAAGACACCAAAAGUGAUUUUAGAGAUCCCCUAGCACCAAAGUGUAAUUGCUCUCCAGCUCCAUCUGGGACAAAGCUUCCCCUCUAUGAUAUAGCACACAGCAGGGCUGGUGACAAGGGGAAUGACCUCAACUUCUCCAUUAUCCCACAUUUUCCACCAGAUAUCGAAAGGCUAAAGGCAGUUAUAACCCCAGACUGGGUAAAGGAAGCUGUUUCUUCACUUCUAAACCCCACUUCAUUUCUGACUUCAAAUGAUAUUGAAAGAAGAGAUAAAUGGAUGAGUGAGAAUGUGAAGGUGGAGAUCUAUCAAGUCAGGGGUAUCCAUUCUUUAAACGUUGUGGUUCGCAACAUCCUAGAUGGUGGCGUGAACUGCUCGCGAAGAAUUGAUAGGCAUGGAAAGACCAUAUCAGAUGUCAUAUUGUGCCAACAUGUCAUUUUGCCUCCAUGAUCAAGGAAAGCCAGUAUACUCUCAGGCCAGGGUUAAAUUGUGCAAACAAGUAAAGCUUUGUCUGUCUAUGUUGCAUGUUCUUGAAUCAAUCUGUGUAAGGCGAUCAAAUUACUGUAGGUUCUUGAAGCAUUUAAUAAAUUUAAUUUUUUUUUUCUUUUA